AUGUUGUUCGGCAAGGCCUUUUUCGCGAGCGCAUCGCUCAUUACCUGCGCCCUCGCACAAGCCAGACUUGCAUUUGAGAGUGUUCCCGCAGUCGCAGUUACCGGCGAGACCUACAAUAUUACGUGGGGAGGUGGAGAUGGAUCAGCUGUGACUAUCACUCUUAGAAAGGGUGAUCCGAACGACCUGACCACCGUGGGAAUUCUUGGAGAAGGUAUCUCGAGAGAUUUCUUCGAGUGGGAAGUGUCUGACAGUCUGAAACCCGAUGAUGACUACGCUUUGCAAAUCACACAAGGCCAAGACGCGAUCAAUUACUCUGGUCUAUUCACCAUCAAUGCUGGCAAUGGCACCACAUCCAACUCUACCACGACCGCAGCAGGUAACUCAACUGCUAGCAUCACCUCCACAGGCACACUGAGCGCAGGCACUGGCACUGCUCUGCCACGCAACACCACCUUCAUCUCUCCCACUAUCUCUGCCACCACCAGCCUAGAACCUGGAACCACCCAACACGCGAGCACCUCAUCCAGCUCGCGGGCGACUUCCUCUUCUGCACCGACCGCCGCAGCCACCACUGGAGCACCAAACAGUGGUGAAGCUGGCCAGCUAGCAAGCUCAAUGGCCUUGGUGAUGGGUGUGUUUGCAGCUGUCAUGUUCUCGAGCUAG